CAUCGGGCAGACGGACCAGAUCAGGCAGUGAAAACCAACAAACUUCACCGCGGCCGAUUACCGUCGUUAAGUUUUUCCUAUUUAAAACUGACCACCUGACAUCACUUGGAAGUCAAACUGUCAUUUUUAUAGUCCGCACCACCGUCUAAGAGACUUGUCCCGAGUGACAGCUCCAUGUCUUCACCAGAGAUCGUGUCCCUGUCCUGGGGCGAGAUGAAGGUCCAGGGAAGCUCCUGCUCUUACAAAGACUGCAAAGUCUGGCCGGGAGGCAGCCGGGCCUGGGACUGGAGGGAGACCGGCACUCGGCAUGUUCCAGGAGUCCAGCCGGCCGAUCUGGACGAAGUCCUGAAGUCUGGUGUGGACACGCUGGUGAUAGGACGCGGCAUGAAUGAAGUUCUCCAGGUUCCGCCAGCCACCGUGAACUUUGUGACCCAGAAGGGGGUGGACGUCCGAGUCCUACAGACGGAGAAGGCAGUGGCGGAGUAUAAUUGCCUGGUGACCCAGGGCGCUAAAGUGGGCGGAGUCUUCCACUCCACCUGCUGAGACAUCUGGACCGCUGAAGAUGAUCCUCGGCCCGGUUCAGACGCGAUGAAUAAACUGCGACUGGAAUUAUGUGACUCAAUCGCCAGAAGAACCUUGGAAGAGUUCUCAUCCUGAUCUCCAUCUGCCGCAGUUUGACUCCUGAAUCCUGAUGGAGACACCGACACAGUGAAGCUGUCUAUCACAGAACGAUAGCUGCCCUCGAACUGCCUUUAUUUAGCAGCGGCGGUUUGAGUCGUGUAGUGCGGUGUUGGUUUUCAGGACAGAAAUAGACUGGCUGCACACAGGAAGGGACGCUGACAUGUAAGUGUUGCUCAUGUUGUUGUCCACAAAUAAACCA